CACAAUGUCCGAUAAAAUUGCUUCCAACGACUUAAACGAAUGCAUUAACUAUAUAGAAGAAGCAAUUACUAAAAAGUAUAUAAAAUAUUAUGAAUACAAAAAUUUUCACAAUAUUGAAAAAAUUAGAAAUAGUACUUUUGGGGAAAUUUAUUGUGCAAAUUUGAAAAAUUCGGAACAAUAUUUUGCUUUAAAAUCAUUUAAUCUUGAUAAAUUCACUAUAAAAGAAAUCGUUAAUGAGUUUGAACUUCACCGUAAAGUAAAUUUUCAUGAUAAUAUUAUUCAAUUUUUUGGAUUUGCAUAUAAAGAAAAUCAAAACAAUCAAGUAAUGAAAUAUUUAUUAGUAGUAGAAUAUGUUGGUAAUAACUCUCUUCAAAAACAUUUGAAAGAAAACUUUAAGAAGCUAACUUGGGAAGAUAAAUAUAAGUUAGCGUAUCAAUUAACAUGUGUCAUAUCAUUAUUACAUGACGAAGAAAUUUUUCAUUGUGAUCUGAAUUCUAUGAAUAUAUUAGUUUAUGAAAAUACUAUCAAAUUAGUUGACUUUGGGUUAUCAAAGAGAAUUUUUGAGGCAUCCAAACAACAAUCUGACUUAGUUAGUAUGAUUCCUUAUGUCGAUCCAAAAAAAUUUGUCAGUAGUAAGCCAUAUUCAUUGAAUAAGAAGAGUGAUGUUUACAGUAUUGGAGUUAUUUUAUGGGAGAUAUCAAGUGGUCAGAAACCAUUUAAAGAAGAAAUAUAUGACGCUAAUUUAGCUACCCAAAUUUUACAAGGAUACAGAGAAAUAAUUGUUCCAGACACUCCUAUAGAUUAUUCUAAUCUUUACAUUGAAUGUUGGAGCUUUGAACCAGAUGAUAGACCAGAUAUGAUUCAAGUAGUUACUAAAUUAAAAGAAAUUAUUACAAAAUCAGUUAACUGUGAUCAAUCAUUAAGUACUCAACAAUUUAAUAAUGUGGAAAAUAUUCAUAUUAAUGAUAAUAAUUUAUUGCAAGUCAUUCAAAAUUUUGAUAAAAUUGAUAUAAAAGAAAUAGAACCAAAAACCCAAGAUAUCAAUAAAUAUAUUUUUGAAGAGGACUUAAGUUUUGUAGUUGAUGAAUUGGUUGAUCUUUAUUUUAAGAAAGUUAAUGAAGGAAAAGAAGAAAAAAUGAGAAAGCAAACUAUUCUUAAUUAUAUUGAUAAUAAUGGGUUGAAAUUACAAGAAAUUCAUAAAUGGCUUAUUAAUAAUCAAGAUGAUUCAAAUUUUUAUUAUUUACUUGGAUAUUUUAAUUUUCAAGGAAUUAUUGGUGAAGUUAAUAAACAAAAAGCAUUUGAACUAUUUCAGAAAGCAGCGAAAUUAGGAAAUAAUGCAGCACAAUAUAAUCUUGCUAAUAUGUAUAUAGAUGGAGAAGGCAUUGAUAAAAAUUAUAAAAAAGCAUUUGAAUUAUCUUUAGGAUUAGCGGAAAAAAAAUAUUCAAGUGGAAUAAAUCUACUAGGAUUUUGUUACAAAUAUGGAAUUGGGACUGAUAUUGAUGAGCAAAAAACAUUUGAAUCUUAUCAAAAAGCAGCAAAUUUAGGAAAUUCAAAUGGAUUAAAUAACUUAGGAACUUGUUAUGAAAAAGGAACUGGAACUGAUAUUAAUGAACAAAAAGCAUUCGAAUCAUAUAAAAAAGCAGCAGAUCUAGGAAAUUCAAGUGGAAUGAAUAACUUAGGAUUUUGUUAUGAAAAUGGUGCAGGAACUGAUGUUAAUGAACAAAAAGCAUUUGAGAUAUAUCAAAAGGCAGCCGCUUUUGGGAAUUCAUAUGGAAUAAAUAAUUUAGCAAAAUGUUACAAAUAUGGGAUUGGAACUGGUAUUAAUAUUCAAAAGGCAUUUGAAUUAUAUUAUAAGGCAGCAAACUUAGGGAAUUCGUGUGGAAUGUUUAAUUUAGGAAUGUGUUAUGAAAAUGGAACUGGAACUGAUAUUAGUGAACAAAAAGCAUUUGAAUUUUAUCAAAAGGCAGCAAAUUUAGGAAAUUCGAGUGGAAUUAAUAAUCUAGCAUGUUGUUAUAAAAAUGGGGUUGGAACUAGUACUAAUGAACAAAAAGCAUUCAAAUUGUAUCAAAAGUCUGCAGAUUUAGGAAACUUAUGUGGAAUGUAUAAUUUAGGGGUGUGCUAUGAGGAAGGAGUUGGAAUUGAAAAAGAUUUGAACGAAUCAAUUUAUUGGUAUAGUAAAUCUGCUGCACAAGGAAGUGACGAUGCUCAAGAUAAAUUAAACAACAUUUUUUUAAAUUUAUAAUAUUUAAACUUUAUGAUAUAAAUUAUGAUAUAAAUAUCAAUCUUAUUUAUAUCAAAGUACAUUAUAUAUAGAUGUAUUCAUUUAGCAAUGGCUAGUUAUUUGAGAAUAUUUUUUCUCUUUAC